AUUAGCUGUGCCCUGCAAACAUCAUUAGGAAGGGAGACGCUUUCCACCGUCAGCGCCGGAGCAGAGCAGGGGAGCCCUGGCAACAAGGAGAGACAAACUCAGCAGCCCGUUACACCCUACAGGAAUAGUGACAGCACCUGCAGACACACAGACGUGGACAGACGGCGCAGGCACCCCGGAACGCUUCCCUCCCGCUGGUGGAGAGAUUCAGACUUCACACCAGGAACUGCAGCUCCAGUCGGUUGUCAGCUCUCCACUGAGCAGCAGGCUCCACCUACUCCGCCCAAGCAGCUCUGCCUCCUCGGCUCAGGGAGUGCUGAGUCCCUGAGUCAACACACUGCAUUCUGGGAAAGUCUGGAACCCUCUCCAUGGGCUGUACCACCUGCUGACAAACCAGGGGGGUCUGGAGGAGUUGAAUGAGGAUUGUGCUGGGUGUGGGCAGGCUUGCUUUUGCAAGGAAAUGAUUCCGCAUGAAGUGCGACGCACUCGGCCCCCCGUCGUCCUCGGCGGCAGCAGCAGGUGUGACGUCGUGACUCUCUCCCCUACCACACUGAGCUCACCCUUCAGCCGCUAAAGACCUCUGGACCAAACAGACCGCCCAACCCCUCCCCUCCCCUCCACCCCUUCAUAUCUUCAUCUCCAUCUUUAAUCCCUCCUCACCUGCUUGUUAGGGCCUGGAUUUUCUUUAUUAUCAAGAAAAGACCUGAUUAUUAUCGGCCUUGGGUGAACUGGAUAGAGAAGGAAAGAGAGAUCAGAUUUGGAAAGUUAAUUCACAGCUAAUUAAAACGAGAAAAGGGACGGAUCAUCAAAUGUGAGAAAAAGACAGGAACGUGAAAUAUAAAGUCAGAGAGAAAAAGAAAAGAAAAAGGUAUCGAAGGCCAAAAGUUAAGGAACGAUAACGCAAGUACAGUUGAGAGACAUAAGACGAAGUCAGCAUGAAGUCCAACCAGGAACGCAGUAAUGAAUGUCUGCCCCCAAAGAAGAGGGAGAUCCCCUCAAGCACAUUACUAUCUGACAAUCGCUCACCUAUCAUCCCACCUGUCAGUGACAACCAGCGCACAGAGAACAUGGCCUGGCUUGCCAGUGUGCCUGGUGGGAAUGAGAGUGGUGUGGGUGGACACCGUAGCUCCAGUCAGUCUGACGGCCUCCAGUAUAAAUCCCUCUUCUCCACAUCAGACUCCUCAUCAACCUCGUCCUCACUGAGGCUAGUCUCAUCUCUGCCUACAGUGUAUACGUCCCCCCUGUCACAGUCCACAGUUGGAGGAACUGUCCAUUACGCCCAACUGCCUCCAAAUUGCAAGUUUAUAGCCUCACCCUACGCUGCCCCAUACGCAGGCUACAUCUCCCCUCAACUGCUUCCACCUCCUCCUCCACCUCCCCCCCUCACCUCCUCGUCUUUGGCUGCGCAGAGACACUCAUACACAGAGACAGUGUCUGCUCCUUCGCACGUCUCCAAACAUGACCAGCAGAGAGCAUCCUUGGCGCGUACCUCCAUGCCUCCGCCUUCUACAGACCUCGCCCCUCACUAUGUUCAAAUGUCAACGUCAACACGGACUGUGCCGUCACCUCAUUACCAAGGAGGCGUUCACCUUCCUCUCCAGUCACUGCACCACCACCAUAGUUUGGGACAUGGGAUGUCCCAGCUUGUGGUGCAGUAUACGGAUGGACCCACAAGGAAAGAGGAUGGUGGCUCCAGAUCCAGAGAGCACCACAAUGGAGAGCUGGAGAGGGGUCGGCGAUUUGGAGCGUCUCCCGAGUCCAACCUCUCUAAGUCAGGGAGCAAAUCACGGGAUGCCGCUUCGUCUUUGACCUCCUACGAGGCCCGCCAGCUGGUCCUGCAUUCAGACUACGCUACUCAUGAUCCCUCAGGGCUGAGAACAUCUUACAUGCUAAUGCCCAACAGCCAUGGGGACCAUCAGCUGGUACCACCCAGAGCCAGCAAUGAGAAGCUGAUAACCUCUGCCCCCGCACACCUGGAGAAAGGUGGCAUCAUCCUGGGCAAGCCUGUUAAUCGCAUAUCCUCCUCCUCCAACGCCACCUCUUCUUUCACGUUUCCAGCUCCAUUAAGUGUCGACAGCCUGAAAGCUGCUGUCAGCACACUGUCGCCCCAGACCGUCAUCCAGACCACCCACAGCGCCACAGAGUCCCUGUCAAUGGGGCUUCCCUCCACCAGUAUCUACCAUCAGCCACCGAUCAUUGGUUACAUUGCAGGGGGCAGUGGGAGCCAGCAUACCCCGAUCAGCUACCACACCAGCCUACAACAGCACUUACUCAUUCCUGGCGCCCAACCGGUUAUUAUCCCUGUGAGUGGAAGUGGGGUCACGACAUUGGAACCUGUAACCUCCCAUGUGACAUCAUGUACCCAAGCCGCACCGUUUCCUACAACACUCCCACACACAUACAUUGCUGCCAAUGCGCCCAAAGGAGAAACUCUAGACCCCCCUAUCGGCUCGUAUCACCAAGCUGUGUCAGGUGCAGUGGUCCAAGCCCAGCUUCAUCUCCCCAUUGUUCCCGCUCCGCCGGGGCUGGUCGCUCCUUCUGCUCCUCCAUCCUCAUCCAGUACGGUGGUGCCCACCUCGCUCCCCCCUUAUUUUAUCAAGGGCUCCAUAAUCCAGCUGGCCGAUGGGGAGCUGAAACGUGUGGAGGACCUGAAGACAGAGGACUUCAUCCAGAGUGCUGAGAUCAGCAGCGAUCUGAAGAUCGACUCGUCCACAGUGGAGCGAAUUGAAGGGAGCAUCUCCGCAUCCAACUUUGCUGUGGUUCAGUUCUCUGUUGGUGAGCACCGUGCACAGGUUAGUGUGGAAGUUUUGGUGGAGUACCCCUUCUUUGUCUUCGGCCAAGGCUGGUCUUCAUGCUGCCCAGACCGGACCACCCAGCUUCUGGAGCUGCCUUGCACCAAGCUCUCUGUGGGUGACGUUUGUAUUUCACUCACCCUCAAGAACCUGAGGAACGGAUCCCUGAAGAAGACUCAGCCCCUGGAGCUGGCCACCCAUGCGUUUGUCCCAGCCUCCAGCCACGGGCACCUCAAACCCUCCAGAGCUGUCUCAGACGCUCCCCAGAGCUUCAUUGGAGGAGGCUUCAGGCACAGCGAGCGGGAAAAUGGCAUCAGCCAGCGAGGGAGGGGUGGAAGUGGGAAUGUGGAAAACGGGGAUGUCAUGUUUGGGGAAAGAGGGUCAGUUUCUAAAGGUCAGGUUGCUAGCAACGCAGGAGCUGUCGCCAGUAAGCCAUCAGGAGGCAGGAAGCGGAGAUGGUCUGCCCCUGAAGGUCGGAAAGUAGAAAAAUCAGAGGAGGAGCCGCCCUUGACCCUGCCCAAACCUUCCUUCAUCACUCAUGAGGUGAAAGUCAGCAUCGAGGGAAGGUCAAAUAUUGGCAAGUGAAGGCUUGCAGGACUGUUCAAUAACCAUUGGGAUUUGGAAAAAAAAAACAUAAAAGGAUUCUAUAAAAAAAAAACAUGAAUGCCCACAUUAAUGUUUCAUUUGUCUUGGUUUUAAAGUUUUGUUUUCCAUUUUUAUUUUCUAUCUUGAAUACUGUACUGUAGAGGUAAAUUUACUCUACAUGGUAUCAUCUUACAAUAGGUCCAUGUAGUUAAUAACACAUUUACAUCUAUAAGACAUUUAUAGAUGUAAUUGAUAUCACACAAGCAAUCGUUGCCGUUUUGGUGGUUUUCAUAAGAUGAUUUAUGGUGAGGGGUUUGUGAGGCGUGCUAAAUGUUUAUCGGUGGAUGUGUGGCACACAGGUUGCCAUGCUUGAUGGCUCUUCUUGGCUGGCUACACAUAACACAUUAUGUAAAUUAAAAAUCGAAUUAGCUCACAGUUUGUCUCUUGACAGUGAUUUCACUCUCUGUGCACUGCUAGUGAGUCUGGCUGGACGAAAACACUUCACCGCCUCUGUGGUUUUACACCGGACCACAUAAUGUCAGCUGAUCCUGAGCAUGAAGGAUUUGUGGGUAAAUCAUGAUUUUAUUUUUUACAUUUUCUAAAUCUGAGUGGGAGUUGGAAAAACCUAAUUCUCCCUGUCUGGUAUAAGAAAACGAUGUGUUAUCCACAGUGUCAUCAGAGUGUGCCAGACCUGACCAGUCAUGUAAUCAGGUGGUGCCAGUGUGCCACACAUAAGAGAGGGAACAACACUUACUCUGUUCAGUGUAACGACAGUGGACUCUUUACUUUCAUCUUGAGCAUUUUAUUUUAUUUCUUUCAUAAAGCCCCUCGUCCUCUAUCUCACCAGAUGUUUUCAAUGAUUGUCAAAAACCUUAAUCAGGGGUCAUUUAGUCCUAGAUUUUGAACCUAGGUGGGUUAAUGUUUAAAUGUGAGAUAGCCUAACCUAAUACAUAGAAGUGCAUACACACUGGGUUGGCAAACUUCACUUCAAGAAAAUGUUAAGAGGAAGACUGGAUACAAUCUUCCUCAUUUUUGGAUUAAUUACUUUAUGUUUUUUAUGGAGAAAGAUUGUGUGAGGAGCCUAGAGAAUCUGCAUGUCAGCUCUGAGAGGGUCAGGAUGUUUCAAAAACACUUAACACACCUGUCACACUCACCAUACAGCCGGCAAAUAUGUGUUGUCUCUUUUAUUUAACGCAGUACUGUAUGUUUUUAGACUUAGAUUUAUUUUUAUUAUUUAGACAAGGGUAGAAAGUAGCAACAGCACUUUUGGAAAGUUGAAGCUUUUGGAAAAGUGAAGGGGUGUUAUGUUGAUGUAUGAGCGGAUGUGCCACAAUUUGAUUUGUGUGAUCACAAAGAGGAGAUGAUUGUAACAGGUAUUGGAGAACAAUUCCAGUAAGUAGACGGUUAGAGAAAAGAAAUAUGGUGACAAAAGGAAUUAUAAAUAUGAUGGUUUUCAGCAUGUGCACUUGUACAGCCAGCCAGCCAUACAAAAGUUAGGGGGAAGUAUUUGAAUGUGUUUUGAAAGUUUGGGAUCUGGCAUGAGGAUUAACAAGGAAGAGUCUUUUGAAAUAUCCCCAUGAUGUUCUGAGACUGAGAGCAUCGAUUAGAAGCUCAUGCCACAGAAUUUUAAGGUUGUCAUAUAUUUGUAAUGUGUGUGCUAGAGUGUGCAUGAUGAUGCUGGUCUGUGUAUGUCCUUACACACACUUACACAAACACAAAACAGUACAAACCAUCCCUGGAAAUCAAUGACCUAUAUACCUAUGUGCUGUGUUUAGAUGAAUGCAGACGCUUUGUGGUCCCUACAAAGACACUAGUGCACACUGCUAACAGUACAGUUGUAGAGAGUGCUCUAUGGUGUGUUUGUGUAGGUGUGUGAGUUUGUGUAUGAGUAUGUAUUCUGUCUAUUGGAAAAGGUGAUACUUAUUUGAUAUAUAUACAAUGCUAAGUGUCCAGUGUUUCUACUUGGAGUUGUACUUAAUAGAAUCUUGCAAUUUGCACAUCAGGAGGAGGGAGGAGGGAGGAGGGUGGAGAUUUUGAACCGACCUGUCCUGAAACAAGCCCUAGACCACGUGACACACUGGAGGAGACCCAGGGUUUUUGUUCCUCAACAGGCACAUGUCACAUUAUAGAGAUUAUAUGCAUAACGCAGUUAAGGUCAAAUUACAUUUGACAUAACCGUAGCUGUAAAACCGAAUUUUGACACGUGCCUGCCUACUGAAUUUACUGACUAGUUAAAGAUAUGCCAUUUGUAGUGUAUUUGAAGGAACAUUUAGACUUUUUGUUGUCCACUUUUCCUGCUGUUGAAACCAGGGUGUGGGGACUAGGGUUUUGAACACGGCCAGCUGAAACCCCAUUUUUCAGCAGAAGAUGCAGCAGUGACCUCAACAGAUAUGCCUGCUCGGUUGACCAUUUGGAGCUUUGUAAGCAACUGGGUUUAGUCUUUAAAAAAUGCCUAACAUCAGUGUAACUGACAUGCAGCGUGCUUUAUAUUUCCAUUUUGAAAUAUAAUCAAAACAAAAUGGAAUUGGCAGUUUUUAAAUCUAUCAGCGAGGUCUUGGAUUUAAUAUAUUCAGAUAGGUGCCUUUAAAAAUAAACGUUUCUCAUGCUGCAUGUAACACUACAGUAUGAUUAUUGACAGUAGUUAGAUUAUGCACUAUAGUGUUGUUAGGGAGGUGGAGAACAUGUGGAGUCCUGCAGGCAUAUCUGUCGAGCUUUCUACUCAGCCUCUGUAUUCAGGUGUUGUACGGCAGAGGAAAGUUGGCAACUAAUGUCUGCCAACUAAAAAUCAGUCGUAUUUUAAUCCCACUGAUAAUGUAAGUGUAAGUGUGUGGGGCAACACUUCAGGUGGUGGGAGUUUACCAGGGUGAUGGCGGGAUGGAUGUGUGAUCAGAUGGAUGACGAAUGGUUGAGAAAAUGGGUAGAUGGAUGGUGAUGGUGAGUGAAUGAGUAGACUCCUUGUGAGAUUUGAAAAUGCUUUAUUUUUUAUAAUAAAACAGGGUUUCUCAGAUCAACCCCACCACAGUAGGACAUUUUAAUUUCUUCCUUUUCCUAUCAUCAUGAUCAUUACGAGAAGAAAUAGUAUUUUGUGUGCGUGUGUGGUGUGUGUGUGUGUGUGUGUGUGUGCGUGUGCGUGCGCGUGCGCGUGCAUGUUUUGCAAUCUGUGUGUGUCUGUGUGUUUUUGUAAAUGUAUGUACAUGUCAGACACACAUACAUCUUUUUUUUUUGUCCAACCCCCUUCCCAACAAAUGAAAAAGCAGAACCACAACAUAUAAACAAACAUGUCAGCUUAGACCAACACAACCUUUACUGUCAGUCAGGUUAAAACAUCUUUAGCCAAAGCCAAGUGAUGCUGAUGUGUGAUUACUUUAGAAAGCAAUAGUAUGAAAAUAUUCACUUGUGUAAGAGUGAAACACACACACACACACACACACACACACACACACACACACACACACACACACACACACAGUUAUUCCGCUCAAAUUCUCUGCAAUAAACAUGUAAUAAUAAUCGUCUUGCAUUGCAACCAAAACUCAAUACAAUCUUGCCAUAUACUGGAAAAAGCUUUUAGAAGCCUGAACCUGAACACCACACGCUUCAGUUAGCACUAUUCCCCUUAUCAUAAAGUACAUUUAAAUCUUAAGGAAUUGCAGUUGCAACAACAGUUGCUAGUUUUUUCAGGGAAGCGUCUCAUAUAUGCAGUAACUGACCCCCAAAACCUCUGAUGUCCCAGCUGGUCAGAGUCAUAAACUCAACAUGCACCUGAAGUAACCAGCGGACGUUUUGACCCCGCCAAGGUCUGCCUCGUUGCCACGACUCCCGUAGUGACCUCGUUAACUUUGUUUCAGGUACCCAAUCAUAGCCAGCCAGCCUCACACCUCCUCCUGAGGCAAAGCAAUGGAUUAACCCUCAACAACCGUUAGCUACCUUUCAGUGUGGCCUGGGACAUAGCAGGGCUGGCCUGGGCUGCCUGUUCCCCUCCUAACGUCAUCUUUUGAUAUCCGCGCUCCUUUUCACUACUAGCUUAUAAAAGUCAUUGUGUUUGUACUACAGUGAAAAUGCAUGCUUAAUAAUAGACUAUAAAACAAAGCAAUCUGAAAUGUAGACACAGUCUGAAUGCAGGAGAGGGAACGGCACAUCACAGCAAGGUUUCAACCAUUUCUGAGGGUUCGGUGUAGUUUUCAUUGUUAAGAUAACCCCAAGUUUUUAUCCCCCUGAAAUGUACCACAAUGUGCAAUACUUACAUUUUGUCCCCCCCCCCCCCCCCCCCCUUUGCUGUGCCAAGUGUAUGUAGCAUAGUCCUACUCCAGUGUAUCAUCCUUGUUAAUGGCUUGUGUAUUUUACUGUCUGUUGAUGUGUGCGUCACAUCUGUAAAACAAGAGUCAGGAUGUUUGUGAAGAGAUACAAACCCAAUGGAGAGUUUGUCCAUACCUCUCUAACCCUUUUGUCCUUGCGGCCUUUCUAAAUUUGAACGUGUGAGAAACUGUCAUGUCUCCUGUGUGUGUGUGUGUGCGAGUGUGUGUGUGUGUGUGUGUGUGUGUGUGUGUGUGUCUGCACCAUGUGUCAUGUGUGUAGUAUGUGUGCUUACGUUCACCUGGUGUUCAAAUGUGUUAUGAGCGCGUUAGAGUGUGUGACACAUGUGUGUGUGUGUGUGUAACGGAGUGUUUUCUCCUCUAACUGUCUGUGAGAUCAUAAACCCUGACCCUUCGCGGUUCACGGUGAGAACCGCAGGAAAAAAAAGAAACCUCAUUGCUUAGUGGGGACCACUUUUUGUAAAAAAAAAAAGAAAGAAAAAGGAAAAUAAAAAUAAAAACAACCAACCAACAGAGAUGCACAUGUAAGUAGAUGUAAAAGACUUGAUAAUGUUUCAGCACUUUCUAAUCCUAGGAUGGGCUCGGUCUAACCCCUCUGUCUCAGACCGAUACCUCCCCUAGGGGUAACAUUCAUUCAAAACAGACAGAGAGAAUGAGAAUGCUAAAAAAAAAGGAGGGGGGGGGGGUGAAUAAGGAUGAAAAAGAGAGAUGGCUCAGUUUAAGUUUUUGCACAUCACCUUGCCGUAACCUUGUGUUUAUCUGUCUGUGCACCAUCUCGCUUGGCGCCCGGCGCGUUCUUGGGUCCAACGGGCCGAGGUGUUAGGUGGUUCCUUUCUUUUCUACUAGGAAAACCUUUUUCACAUGGAAUGCAUCCCUGCUUUUGUUGUGUUCGGGUUUGUUUGAAAUCUUUUCCACCCUACGCCGACCAGGCUUCGUCAUGAAAUGUGGUUUUGUUCACAUUUUCAGAUCAAAUUUAGCCGAGGCGUUUGUAAGGAGUUGGGCGCAGCUCGGUUUGGUCGUGCGGUGUGAAAACGGUGCAGACAAACCUUUGCAUUGUUUGCAUUAUCUUUGGUGCAGGAGCUUUUUCUGUGUUUUUGGUCUCCUUGUAGCACUCAAUAUAAUGUCAGGGGACUUAAAACUAUGUAGAGAAUGUGUCAUUGUUGAGUUUUAUGACAAGCUUCCUCACUGGAGGAACACUGCUAAUGUCUUUUUUUUUUAAUUGGCUUCUUGCACAAUUUUACAAAUAAAAUGAAUGUUGGUGUGUGAGCUUUGACUUUUCGAUCAGAAAAAAAGGCAUGUGUGCUCUUUGUUUCUUGAUGUUUGUACUUUCAUUUUGCAAAAAGGAUGUGUUUUUGGCACUUUGUUGUGUUUUAAAAGUGAACAGAAUUCGAUCAGGAUUCCUUUUUUUUUUCUCUUUUCUUUUUUUUGUAUGACGUCUCGUCAAUGUCCAUAGCGCUGGAUAACCAACUCAGGCAGAAAGAAAAAAAAAAACUUGUAGAGGCCCACUUAACAGUUUAGUUUGACCCCAAUCAAUUUACAUAGUGGGCUGGUUCAUAUGGGUUAUAAGAUAUGUAAAUGUAUUACAUAUAAUUUGAUAUGAUUAACAAAUGUCGUUAUUGACAGUUAACUAUGAAUUAUUAUUAUGAUAUUAUGUGUAUUAUGCUGGAGAUGGUUUGGAUUACUCUUCAGUGUACUGAACGUCUUUGUUCUGCCUCUCUGUGCAAGUCGACAAACACUUCAGCAGGGGACAGGCUGUACGGUUUGUGACCUCUGACCCUGCCCACUGCCACGGAGCGGGGGUGGAGCUUAUAUGUCAGCUGUGGCUCAGUUGAUUCCUCCCCCCUGUUCUGAACACUCAGCCCUGAGGCUAGCAACCAGUCUGUCUAGAUGUUCCUCUGCUAACCAGCGACACCAAGUACUGAACUGAAACUUUUUAGCCCAUAAAACGGUAGCAGAGAACUGGACAUCGGCACAGACCUGCUCGGACAGUUUGGCCUGCAGAGGGGGGGGAGGGGGGGCAGUUCCCAGCCAACUUGUUUGUACUAUAUCGUACUCACUAAGCCCCUGUGUCUCACCACCCCUUUCCUCUAUAGCAAUGGAGAAACCCUGUCGGUGUAUGUAUUUGACAUCUGUACAAAUGCACCUCUUUGAAAAAGAAAAAGAAACCUUGACAUAUCUGGAAUAAAUGGGCUUCCUGUGUCUUUAUUUGAAUACCAACAUUAAUAAACACACCCUGUAAACCCUUACACAAUACAAGCACUGUAUUUAAAACCUUAUCUUAUAAGCUAUGAUAUUUUUCCUCCAUUGGUUUGCCUGGAAUUGUGCUGAAAAUAACCCCCUCUAGUGUAGAAUGGGCUGCAUGACAUCCCCACUACCUGCAAUGAUUAAGACACUGGUCAGUUAGCUCACAUGACUGUUUCCUGUUCGGGUUGUCUUUGACAGUUUUGCUUUACUGUUGCAAAUGAAAAAAAACAGAAAAAUCAGAGGAUACUCUUAACUUUACCAAAGCCUUUGUUAUUGUAAAGAACAGAGUAGUACAAUUAUGAAGACGUUCGGAUAUUUCAAAUAAGGAAUCUUAAAUCGCAAAAGAAAAUCAAAUUUGGGAUUAAGAAUGAAUUAUACAGAAGAAUAGAUGUUUGUUAAACAAAUACAUCUCCUUGACUUGUUGAUGACUAAGUAGUGAAGUAAUAAUGAACACUUCGUUUGUAUUGGUUAGGCUUCUGUUGAGCUUAAACUAAUUUGUCAAAUGACACCUGCUAAAUGAUUUUGGUUUUAAUGCAUCUUUCUCUUCUCCACUUCUUUCAACAACAAUGGAAAUAUCAUUUUUAUAACAACAAAAUGACCUAUGGCUCAUGCAGCAACAAUGUGUGUAUGUAAUGAAUAGUUUGAUAAAAAAAGAAAAGAAAGGAAGGAAUAAAAAGGCAUCGCAGUCUGUGAUCGACUACAAGGCAAAUCUAUGUAAGCGCAAUAUUGUUCAUUUGGUCGCAUAUCAAUUAAUGUAUGAAGUAACUGAAUUAACAUUCCUUAAUUGAUGGUAUAUUAAGUGUGAAGUAAUCACAAAAAAAUCAUAAUGACUUCAUUAUUUGUUAAUGUUGAGCAACAGGAAUUAAAGAUACAUCCUGCAAUAAUUCAUUUAUUAUUAAAUCAUGAGUCAUGCAUUACUUAAGUAGCAUUAUUUGUAUGGGUGGAAGUAAUGAAUUACAUUUACGCUUGUUACUGUAACAAGGUCAUUGUUGUGUGUACUCUAUUGUAAGUAUUGUGUGCUGAAUCAGCAGCUGCAGUAGAGAAGAGGCUGCUGGUGUGUCUGGUGUACAGUAUGUGGUGGAGGGCAGAGCUCCAGGUAUGUUGUUAAUGUGUACGUUCACAGGCUGAACGUAAGAUGGUAGUGCUCGUAAACAGUACAACAAUGCACAACAACAAUCCAAUAAAUAAAGAAUGACGUGUUAGGUUACAACAUAAUAGUUAAUGCACGCUGAAUUCCCUAAUACAAAAACAUACCCACAAAACAGGUGCAUGCUGGGCCUGGCUAACAUGCUAAAAUGCUAACAUGCACAUGGUGGAUCCUUCUGUGUUCACUGAGUAACUUCUAUCUUCAGUGAAGUGUCGUUUCUGCUCAUUUUGGCAACAAUCCCCAACUUCUUGAACACUUUGAGGAGCACACAGAGAGUCUGAGUGGACUGGUUAUAUUAAGCUUUUAACGAGCAGAGAAGUUGAAACUUGAGCAGAUGGCGGAGGACUUUGCGCUGCACAACACUCACAGGAAGCUGUUCAGACAGGUGAGUACAACAACAAACUCCCUGAACCCACCGUCGAGAUGAGAACUUCAGCAUCCAACUGCGUUGCCUAGUAACGCAGCAUGUCGCGGUGUGUGUGUGUGUGUGUGUGUCUGCUACCACUGUAUAUUUACACAUCUCUGUGUCGUCUGCCUCGGUGAUGUGUUCUGCUGUUGAUUCUAUAAGAAGUGUCCGGAUAUUUAAUUUAUGUGGCUUAACAUUGCUUGUUGCUGCCGCCGUGAAACAGACUUUUUAUUUAUUUUCGGUCAUUUUUUGGUAAAGUUUUGUUGUUAAUUCCAGUAAGACUUCAGGGGAUGGUUUUCUACGCAUCGGCUGCAAUUGUGUCUAUAGAAACGGAAGUUAUAGUUGGUUUGAUGUCAGGGCUAUAUACUUUGAUACCCCUUUAACUCAGAGUACAUUUUAACUGUCUACGUUUUACUUUUAUCAAAGUACAUUUUUACACUUUUACUUAAGUUGAAAUGUAUUCAGAGUAAUAGGUAUUUCACUUGAGUAUAAUAUUCUAGUGCUCUUUCCAUCCCUGCCCAUCCAUCCAUCCCUCAAGUGUGUUUAAUGUUUGAUCCAUUCUCAAUAUGCCUAUAUUAUGUUUUUUCAAAAAUACUAAUCAUCACCUCUCACUGAAAGGAAGUCCCAGUUAUCAAUGCUGGGUAACACGAACAUGUGUGGAAAGUUAUGUUCUUAUCUCAGAUAGAAAAUGUGUCUUGUAUUGUCUCAAAAUCCUUUUUUAAUAGAAAACCUCUGAACCAAGCAAAUAUGCAUUUUCUUUGUCCAAAAAUAAAACUGAUGACUCACUGA